GGGAAGUCUGGCCAGAAGGGAAGAGGAAAGGAAAUCGCAGAGAUAAGCGUUAGGGAAAAGUGGGGAUCUCUCCCCACGAGAAAUGCCCUUAUCCCACCAUCUCUAAGGAUUUAGUUCCUGCCCUUUCUGAGAGCUGCUKGAGGCCCAGAGGUUCUGUUUUUGAAAGACUGACAAAUAAUGGAGGCCAGUGGGGAGCGCGCUGUACAGAAAAGGCAAGUCGUGGUUUUCUGUUUAUUUCUGGGAGUGUUUGGGGCUGGCGCGGAACCGCUUCGGUAUUUUGUGGCGGAGGAAACUGAGAGAGGAACUUUUCUGGCCAAUUUGGCCAAUGACUUGGGGUUGAGGGUGGGAGAACUCUCAGACCGACGGUCUAGAAUUGUUUCAGACCAGAAUAUGCGAUUUUUGCUGCUCAAUUCGCUUACUGGUGAUUUACUACUAAAUGAKAAAUUGGACCGGGAAGAACUAUGCGGCCCCACAGAGCCCUGUGUGCUUCCUUUCCAGUUGUUAUUGGAAAAGCCUUUUCAGAUUUUCCGUGCYGAACUACAAGUCAGAGACAUCAAUGAUCAUUCUCCAGUCUUUCUGGACAAAGAGAUUCUCUUGAAAAUAUCAGAAAGUACAAAUCCAGGUGCAGCAUUUCCUUUAGAAAGUGCACAGGAUUCAGAUGUUGGAACCAACAGCCUGAGUAAUUACACCAUCAGCCCUAAUGCCUAUUUCCAUGUUAAUGUCCAUGUUGGUGGGGAGGGGAAUCUUCUUCCUAAAUUGAUACUGGAUCAAGCGCUGGAUCGAGAGGAGAUACCUGAGYUCAGUUUAAUCCUCACGGCCUUGGAUGGCGGCUCUCCGGGCAGAUCCGGAACCACGCUAUUACGCAUCCUGGUGGUAGAUGUCAACGACAAUGCCCCUGAAUUUGUGCAGUCGCUCUACAAAGUGCAGGUACCUGAGAACAGCCCGGUUGGCUCCCUGGUCGUCACUGUCUCAGCUAGAGAUUUAGAUACAGGAAGUUACGGGGAAAUAGUCUAUGCAUUUUUUUAUGCCACUGAAAGAAUUCUCAAAACAUUUCAAAUCAAUUCAACAUCUGGAUAUCUUUAUCUUAAAGCCAGAUUGAACUAUGAAGCAAUUCAAACUUAUACAUUAACUAUUCAGGCCAAAGAUGGUGGAGGACUUUCUGGAAAUUGUACAGUGAUUGUUGAGGUAACAGAUAUAAAUGAUAAUCCACCAGAAAUUCUCAUAUCAUCACUUACUAGUCCAAUUGCAGAAAACUCACCAGAGACCGUGGUUGCUGUUUUUAGGAUUAGAGACAGAGAUUCAGGGAACAAUGGGAAAAUGGUGUGCUCCAUCCAGGAUGAUCUCCCCUUUGUCCUGAAGCCAUCUGUAGAAAAUUUCUAUACAUUGGUAACAGAGAGAUCUUUGGAUCGAGAGCAGAACACUGAAUACAGCAUCACAAUCACUGUYACUGACUUGGGGACACCAAGGCUGAAAACUGAACACAACAUUACUGUCCUUGUCUCUGACAUCAACGACAAUUCCCCUGCCUUCACACAAACAUCCUACACGCUGCUAGUGCAUGAGAACAACAGCCCUGCCCUGCAUAUCGGAAGCAUCAGCGCCACAGACAGAGACUCAGGCACCAACGCCCAGAUCACCUACUCACUGCUGCCAACCCAGGACCCGCACCUGCCCCUCACCUCGCUGGUCUCCAUCAACGCAGACAAUGGGCAGUUGUUCGCGCUGAGAGCACUGGACUUCGAGGCCCUGCAGGCAUUUGAGUUCCACGUGGGCGCCACAGACCAAGGCUCACCUGCGCUCAGCAGCCAGGUGCUGGUGCGAGUGGUGGUGCUGGACGAAAAUGACAACUCGCCCUUCGUGUUGUACCCAAUGCAGAACGCCUCUGCGCUCUGCACCGAACUGGUGCCCAGGGCGGCAGAGCAGGGCUACCUGGUCACCAAGGUGGUGGCGGUGGACAGAGACUCAGGCCAGAACGCCUGGCUGUCAUACCAGCUGCUCAAGGCCACCGAGCCAGGGCUGUUUGGCGUGUGGGCGCACAAUGGCGAGGUGCGCACCAUCAGGCUGCUGAGCGAGCGCGACGCGGCCAGGCACAGGCUGGUGGUGCUGGUCAAGGACAAUGGCGAGCCUCCGCUGUCUGCCAGCGUCACGCUGCACGUGCUGCUGGUGGAUGGCUUCUCCCAGCCCUACCUGCCGCUCCMGGAAGUGGCGCCCGAGCGCGCGCAGGGGGACUCGCUCACUAUCUACUUGGUCAUCGCCUUGGCCUCUGUGUCGUCGCUCUUCCUCUUCUCUGUGCUGGUGUUCGUGGCAGUGCGGCUGUGCAGGAGGCGCAGGGCGGCGCCGCUGGGUGUCUGCUCUGUGCCUGAGGGCCACUUUCCGGGCCACCUGGUGGAUGUCAGUGGCACCGGGACACUGUCUCAGAGCUACCAGUAUGAAGUGUGUCUGARAGGAGGUUCAGGGACGAACAGUGAGUUCAAGUUCCUAAAACCAAUUUUCCCCAAUAUACUAUCCCAGAGCAUAGGGAGGGAAGUGGAGGAAAAUCCCUCAUUUCAGAAUAAUUUGGGUUUCUCAUAAAGAAUGAUAAAUAAGCCCUUCUGUCUGAAUAUAUCCUCUGUCUGAGGRUAUAUUCCUAGUUAGAAACUUACCCUGGAUACCUGUAAAGAAGUGACUUUGUAGUAUUUCAAGAACUCUUAAAGUCAAAAACGGAUCCAGCUUAAUUCCCAAGAACCAUCCACAAGCAUGAAAUAUAUAU